UAUGACGACGAAGGUGAGAGUUUUUAUUUUCCUUGUUGAAGCUUUAUUGUUUCCCUCUUCCCGCAGACAAUUUUCCAUGCUAAGGGGAACUGAUGCGCUAACUGAAACGGGCAGGCGAUUCGGCAUUGCUGCCGCUGCCGCCUUCGCGCUUGAGCCAGGUCGGCCUCGGGAUGUCAGGAAACCGGCAGUCGCCACAGCACCCUCCGCCUGGGUCGGGCGCCGCGGCCCCCCUCGGAUCGUCUUCCUCCUCCUCCGCCGUCUCCUCAGUCACCACCUCGGCCUCUUCGGGCACUGCGGCGGCGCCGGGCUCUUCCUCCUCCACCUCGGCGGGGCUUGGGGUCCCCGCGCGGCCUGUGUUGGUGGCUCCCGCCGUCUCUGGCUCUUCUAGCGGUGGCCUUUCGCGGCUAGCGGGGGCGGCCCGAGCCGGUGCGGGGAGCGGUGCAACCAGCGGGGGCACAAGUGGCAGUAGGAAGAGGCCGCUGCUUACCCCGCUCUGCAAUGGCCUCCUGAACUCCUACGAGGACAAAAGCAACGACUUCGUUUGCCCCAUCUGCUUUGAUAUGAUUGAAGAAGCUUACAUGACAAAAUGUGGGCACAGCUUCUGCUAUAAAUGUAUUCAUCAAAGCCUGGAAGACAACAAUAGAUGUCCCAAAUGUAAUUAUGUUGUAGAUAACAUUGAUCAUCUUUACCCCAACUUUUUAGUGAAUGAGCUCAUCCUUAAACAGAAGCAAAGAUUUGAGGAGAAGAGAUUCAAACUGGACCAUUCAGUGAGUAGCACCAAUGGCCACAGGUGGCAGAUAUUUCAAGAUUUGCUGGGAACAGAUCAAGAUAACCUUGAUUUGGCCAAUGUUAACUUAAUGUUGGAACUCCUGGUCCAGAAGAAAAAACAGCUGGAGGCAGAGUCUCAUGCUGCCCAGCUACAGAUUUUGAUGGAAUUCCUGAAGGUUGCCAGGAGAAACAAAAGAGAGCAACUGGAACAGAUCCAGAAGGAGCUGAGUGUUCUUGAGGAAGAUAUUAAACGAGUGGAGGAAAUGAGUGGCUUGUAUUCACCAGUCAGUGAGGACAGCACUGUGCCUCAGUUUGAAGCUCCGUCGCCUUCACACAGUAGCAUUAUUGAUUCUACAGAAUACAACCAGCCUCCUGGAUUUAGCAGCAGCUCCCAGACUAAGAAACAGCCUUGGUAUAAUAGUACGUUAGCAUCAAGGAGGAAGAGGCUUACAGCUCAUUUUGAGGACCUGGAGCAAUGCUACUUUUCCACCAGGAUGACUCGAGUGUCAGAUGACAACAGAACCUCAAGUCAGCUGGAUGAAUUUCAGGAGUGCCUAUCCAAGUUCACUCGCUACAAUUCUGUCCGACCUCUGGCAACGCUGUCUUAUGCUAGUGACCUCUACAAUGGAUCCAGCAUAGUAUCCAGUAUUGAAUUUGAUCGAGACUGUGACUAUUUUGCUAUUGCUGGGGUGACAAAGAAGAUUAAAGUCUAUGAAUAUGGCACAGUCAUCCAGGAUGCUGUUGAUAUUCACUAUCCUGAGAAUGAAAUGACCUGUAAUUCAAAAAUCAGCUGUAUCAGCUGGAGUAGUUACCACAAAAACCUGUUGGCCAGCAGUGACUAUGAAGGUACCGUCAUCUUGUGGGAUGGGUUCACAGGGCAACGUUCAAAAGUCUACCAGGAGCACGAGAAAAGAUGCUGGAGUGUGGACUUUAAUUUGAUGGAUCCUAAACUUUUGGCAUCCGGCUCUGAUGAUGCAAAAGUGAAGCUGUGGUCAACCAACCUGGACAAUUCAGUAGCAAGUAUUGAGGCGAAAGCUAAUGUGUGUUGUGUGAAAUUCAGCCCAUCAUCUAGGUACCAUCUGGCCUUUGGUUGUGCAGCACUGAUGCAACAGAAAGUCAGGAGGGCUCUUAUACUGCUUCCAUCGUGACAUGAGGGUGCUGCGUAAUGCACCGUUGCCGGCCACAUGAUCAAGACACACUCUGGGAAAGGAUAAGGAGAUGGUUGAUCCUCUUCCUCGUAGUUAUUCAUACUUCCCUAGGGGGACCUCGCUUACAGGAUUGAGCUUCACAAUUUUAAGUAACAACUCAUACCAAUAGUAGUGAACACUAGACCAGGUAUUUCUUUCUGUAUGUACUUCAUGUACCCAUACAUGAAAAUAGCAGUUCUUCAAUCUUACAUACUGCUUUUUAAAAAUUUUAAUUGGAUCAGAUGCAUCAGCAUCAGCUGCAAAAGAUUCUCAUUUGGAUGCGGUGCUAACCGUUUCACUUGCCUCCCGUGAACAGAAAGAGAGCAAAGUUAAGUAAGAAAAGUAGAGAAUAGUGAGAAGAAAACUGGUGAGUGUUGAAUAACAUUAUUAAUGCGUUUACUAUCACUAAUCUUGGGAGAAUGUUGAGGGUGAUUUUUAAUUCUUAACAUUUGUGAGGUUCCAAAAUUCUUUGAAGUUAUUCUUAAAAACUGGAGCCUCUUCCUUGUGUCUUUGAUGUAAGAAGAUACAUUACAGAAAAUGUGGUAUGUGUAUCAGUAAAAGGAUUGAAUUUGGAGGGCUGGCUUCUGAGUUUGAGCCAGGCGAAAACUUUUGCCACUUUCAUUUUCUGUUAGGGUUGUCAACAGCUGCUGUUCCUGCCUGAUUAAAAUAUGCUCAUUGUACUACUCAUUCCAUCAUAAUUAACACUUAUAUCUUAGCAUAGAGAGUUCAAUUUUUCUUUCACACUGGGCUCCUCUUUUGCUCCAGUUCGUGUUGAGAGUGAUACAGCAGCUCUUUGAAAAGCAUCCCUGUACUGCUUAUGGAAUGGUAAAGCUCAGGGAAAAUACAGGAGAUGUUCACUUUCACAGUAAAUCUUCUGUGUGGGCCAAAAUAUUCAACAUGUCCUAUUCUGUGGAGCUUGAUUAAGCAUUCUGUGUAACUAAUUGCACGUGAAACUUUCAUAGGGAGUCAGCAAAAUCAUCACAGUGCCACCAGUUGAAAAUGCAUUCUCUUUUGCUAUUGGAAUCAGUAUUUGUGGCAAACCUUGGCAUCGCAUAGUUGUUUAGAGGAGGAAGACAAAGAGUGCAGACAAGGAACAUAUCUGCAAAUAGGUAUUUAGGGGAAAGUCAGGUCAGAGCAAGGCAAAGUCAACAGAAAAAUUGAGAAGGCAGAAUUGAUAUCUAGUCCAGGACCUGCCUUUACACUUGAGGUGUUGACCAGUUUUCCAGUAGCCUCUUCCUACCUCCUUUGAAAGGAGCUAUUGAGAGGAAGCUGAAGUUGAAGAAAGCCUGGCAUCUCAGUUGAUCAUGAGAGACCUGGCAUUCCAAAGGCAGGACUGGAGAACAAUUUCUGACACACAGGUGAAUGUAUUGCUUAGAAAUAUUUAUAAAAUGUAUUAAGAUAUUCUAGGAAUGAAGCUCUAAUUUCUAUGUGUUACACAUACAGGUGGUUUUUAAGUGUGAGACAGUUGGUUUACACACACUUAAAUAAUCCUAAUAUUCCCUGGUUCUAGUACCAUCUGGUAUAAUAGGAAGCCCAUGGUUGAAAUCUCCCCCUACCUAUAGACUCACUGGUAUCUUUCCUAAAGCCACUCAUUCUUUCAGCCUCAGUUCUGCCCCCUCCCCCAUCUGUAACUAUUGAGAUAAUGUACGGUCUCUUAUGAGAUAUGAUAAACUUCUCUUUGUUACCCAUUCUCUGCUUAUUCACAAUAGUCAAAUAUUGGUUCAGGAUGAAAACUGCUACUGAUAGAUUGAUAGGAAAUAUAAAAUAGAACUGAGUGUUAUCAGCAUACCAGUGACUUUUUGCUCUUAAACUCUCAUGACAGUGUAGACUCCUUUAGGGAUUCCACAAGCACUUCUGAGUGGUAAAUAAACACACACCACACACCAACGAGUGACCACUUGGAAAGGAAAAUAAAUGGGAAUCUUCAGUUUUCUGGGAAUGUAAUGUCCAUUUACCCACUUAUUGUCACUAUCAAUUUCAGUACUGUCUAAUGAUCUACUCUACCAAAGGUGUUGAGAAGCUUAAUAAGAGUCAGGAAAACCUUAGCUCUGUCAAUCUCCAAACAAAGAUUGUCCACUAUAGCAUCAAAAGUAGUCUAAUCCAAAGCCAAGCUGGGUUUGAAGGAAUCAGGACUGACAUGUGAUCCAGAAUGCCAGAAACUGAGCUGAAAUCUACAGUCAAUUUAUUUCAACUGACCUUACGCCAAAAUCAGUUUGUAAGAUAGCAUAUAUGGGUACACACUGACUUUCAGCUACAAAAGGGGUGAACUUGUGGCCCUCCAAAUGUUGUUGUAUUACAACUCCCAUCAGCCCCAGCUAGCAUAGCCAGUUGUCAGGGAUGGUGGGAAUUUUAGUCCAGCAACAUCUGGAGGGUCACAGCUUCCCUAUCAGGGAGUUAGGUCAACAACUGCUUCUUUCUUGAGAAAGCAAGAACUUGGUUGUAGUCAUUUUACAUCAAGAGAGGCCUAGGAAAAGGUUUGGGAUAACUUUUUAAACAGUCUGUAUCUUAGAGAUGUUACGCUUCAUAUUAAAUAUUGAGAGAUAAAUAAUGGUACAAAAAAGGGAGAGAAUUGCAUCGUAUUGAAUGCGAGGCUCAAACUUUAAGGAAGGCUGCAAAGGCUGUUCAGCUGUGAAAAUAAAAUGGAAAUUGUUUUCCCUACCACUUUCUGUUUGUGUGCUCCCUGAGUUGUAGCAUUGUUUAGUAUAAACUAUAAUCACAACUGAAUACAAAAUGUAGGUAAUGUCUCUCUCGUUUCAAGAUAACUUUUCAUUCUGAAAUUAUUUUGUAAAUAUGCCUCAGCAAUAACACCAACGUGGUCAGCCUGCAUAUCUCCCCUCAUCCUGAGGAACAAGCCUCUUGGAUUACUUGGUAUGUCAUGAAUAACUAGGGGUGCAAUCAAAGAACCAUGUAACUGAUUCUGUCUGCCGAAGAAGCCAUUUACUGAACUUGAAAGAUACAAGUUCCAGUCUCUACUUUUGUGUAGCAAAUCACUUUUAUAAAAUGAGGCUUUUCAAUAUAAACCUAGAUGAUUAUUCAGCUCUUACCGUCUUUGUUUUGCAUGGUAAAAGCAACCUGCACCACCACCGUCUCAGCAAUUCUCAAGACAAGAGCAUUUUUAUUAUGUUUUUAUUCGACUUUCCCUCCAAAGAGCUUAAGGCACCAUACAUGUGGGUUCUCCCACAUGGGUGUUCAUGACUGAGUGAAAAUGUGGCCCUACAUCCACUGCUAACCGUGAUACUUUACAGCACUUGGAGAUUUUUGGCAUUGAGUAAUUGCUUAAUGUUAUUAAAACUCAAAAAGUUAACUUGCCUGCAAAAAGUUUACUUCUUUGCCUUUUAUUCGUAAGAGCAGCCCAUCUUUGGAAUAAAAAACAGGCUGGUGAUGUUUUUGCAGACUGGCAAAGAAGAAACAAUGCUCUCUCCUUCCUUUGCCAACUGGCUUGCCUGGAGAAAUCCCAUGCACUUUAUGCAUGGAAUUCCUGUUUGUCAAUGUUUUCCACGCUAGUGCUUAAAUACAAGGCUGAUUUAACAUCCCAUUGCUAAGAACUUUAUAUAGCUGCAAAGGUGCACAGCGCGUUGUGUGUUAACUUGCUGGUGCAGAAGUAUCACGUGUGAUGUAAAUGAGGAGGGCCACCCAACUAUACUUCAUGCCAGCUCCAUUUUAAUGGCUUUCUGCCUAGUGCUGGACAAGUAGAUUUGUGCUCUUGCAGUGGCUCAAAGUCAUAGGCAAUACGUAGAGAAGUCCUAUUCCGAGUCAAGUAUUAUCCUGGCCCAUUUCUCUGCCGUAUUAAACUUUUUUUCAGACUGCUACAUCUCAUCUGUCAGCUGUGGCUAAUUUGGCACACUGGAAUUCACCCACACUGUGGUGACUUCCUGUGUCUACACAUAGAGAUUGUGACCUUAAGUCAGUGUGGUUGCUACUGAAUACCCUAUUUGAUCAUUAGGUCAAGGAAUGUCCUGAUUCUUUACAAAAAUGGUAGUGCCACGUUUUAGUAAUUGGAACAGGUGGGACUGCAUGAUACGGUUACCUUUCAUUUUGACCAUCUUGCUCCAGAAUUAGCCUGGAUGAGAGUUUCUCUUUGAAUUAGACACUAGCAGUUCUGUUCAUCUGUAAUGUGGAUCUCCGUACAAAAAGCAAUGCGACCUUCAAAGUCUAUUCCAUCGUUUCUGUGUUUCUGUGUGAUACACAGUGUGUUUCUAAAGUUCUAUCUGUCUUUGCUAACCCCCCCCCCAGC